UUAUUACCGCCAUUUUAGCACCUGAUCUCACAUGAAGAUGGACUCUGAUAAGUUAAGAAAAGACCUCCUCCUUCUGGUUUGGCUGCUGUCAUUUGUCUCCUUAUGUCGAAACACAUUGGCGGCUAAUCGACAGCCGGAUGCUGGCAGGAAUUUGGAUUUGGCAGCACAGCUAGCGGAUGCGGAGGCCGAGGCGAGACCAGACUACGCUGGAGACUCGCCAGACACGCCGCACAUACGCAGAAAGCGUUUGAUUUGGAUUACGGAUGAUGGAAGAUUGGCCCUGCCCCCGGGCACUGCUUUGACUUUUACUCCAACGAUCUCUAUGCCCCUGGUGCGGCACCCGCCUGAGGGUUUUUUCUCCAACCUGACCAUCAGCUUCCCCGUUACCAUUGACUUUGACAAGCUGGGACUGACGGACAAUCAAAAUCCUUUGGGAGAUCUGCCACCGUUAUUUGCGCGCUCCUUUGGCCAUGAGGCGGGUCACAUGGUGGGCGAGUACGUGGCCAGAUAUCUGCAUGUCCAGCGAAGGAAGAGGGAUCUCAGCGAACAGCGGAGUAGAAGCGACGAGGAUCAGCCCUUCAAGGUCCAGGAAGAGGGUCCAAAGUUUCCGGAACUGCCCGCUGGACUUCAGCACAUAUUUCAUGGCGGAGAGAGGGUCCUGCUGUACGGUGUAGUGGAGGACUUUCUGUCCACCUUCGGAAUGGAUGGCAAGGCUUGUUUGCUGCGAACAAUCUGCGAGAUGCACUCCCGUAGUCUCGAGAAGUUUGGCGUCUUUGGUGAAAUUUCAAAGUUGUUUUUAACGGUGACUAAGUCACCGUUUGCGGAUCUCGUUCCCGAUUAUGUACAAGCGCAGGAAGUCGGCGAAGGAAAGCAGGCUCCAGGCGAGUGUUUCCCUUACUACAAGGCCUGCCCGAAGAGCAUAUUUAAAGCACUCGCCAGCAAAUACAGCAAACCGGCACCUGCGACAAAGACGAAACAUCCGAAAACCACCGAAAGACCCAAGGGAGAGUAUUACGAGCAGCAGGUGAUACAGUUGCCCGUCACGAGGGAUCGGGAAAAUGAUGUGUUCAUGUAAAAGAAACCUCCUCCUCCGACAGCGACUCCCAUUGUUGACCUCGUCUAGUUUUUAGGUUUAAAGUCACUUGUUUGUAAUUAACGCGUACUAAUUAAUUUAUUAUUAUUUAUUUGAUUUACUUAUCGUAUUUAUUGUUAGCUUUAGGCGUUGUUAACUGCUUAGAUUCGCAGCUUUGUUUGCGUUAUGGCCUGUAAAUAAUUGCAAUUGUGGCAUAAUCCUUUCCUCCCCCAAUACACGAAAGCCCAGACAAAUAAAUAGAGAAUAGUUCCGAUUAA